CUUACACUAUCCACACAUAUACAGCAAUGCCCUCGGCAAUCGCCCCUGAGACGCUGGAGACGGUCCCGUCUGCCUCUCAUGACUAUUCAGAACUUUUCCGCCGGCUCGACGUGCAAAACACAGGCGCAAUCACACUCCACGAUUUCAAGCAAGCUCUCAAGACGAUCAAUCACCCCAUAUCGGACAAGCCCGAGCUUGUACAACAGGUGUUCCUGUCAUUCGACAGCAACAACGACCAAAUCAUUGACUUUGCAGACUUCAAGAUGUACUUGACCACCACCGAUGAUCAGAUCUUGAAAGGGUUCAACAAGAUCGACAAGGACCGUGACGGCAAGUUAAAUAAGACAGACUUUGUCGAGUACUUGAAAAAAACCUUGAACCUCACCCCAUCCAAGGAUAGCAUAGACAAGAUCUUCAACAAGAUCGACUCCAAGAAUGACGGGUACAUCACGUACGAUGAGUUCAGAGACUUUUUAAUUCUCAUGCCACGUCUUCAUGGGUCCCGAAUCAAGACCGCAUUCAACUACAUCGUCGAGGAGUUGGACUUGUCCUCGGACGGGGAGGUUACUCUCAUCAACUCGUUCUUGAACGGGUUUGGAUACUUCCUUGCCGGUGGGUUUGCCGGAGUUGUUUCAAGAACUUGCACGGCGCCGUUUGAUCGGAUCAAGGUUUUCUUGAUUGCCAGAACGGAUUUGUCUUCCACUGUACUUCAUUCGAAACGAGAAAUUGCCGAACAUAUCGCCAAUGGUGCGUCGAAACAGGUGAUCGAAGCGGCCAGGAAAAAGGUUGCUGCUGCUGAAUUGGAACUUGCAGCAGCCAAGAAACUCGCAGCACUGGAAGCUCAUCCCAAGACUAUCCGAUCCCCCAUCAUCCAAGCGGCCAGAACUCUUUGGAAACAAGGUGGAUUCCGCGCCUUUUACGUGGGGAAUGGACUCAAUGUGUUGAAAGUUUUCCCCGAGUCAGCCAUGAAGUUUGGCUCCUUUGAAGCAACCAAGCGCUUUUUGGCCAAGGUGGAGGGUGUCGCUGACACGUCAGAACUCCUGAAGGCCUCCACAUACUUGGCUGGGGGUAUCGGCGGUGUCUGCGGACAGUUUGCCGUUUAUCCGAUCGACACGUUGAAGUUCAGAUUGCAAUGCUCGAACUUGGACUCACAUAUCAAGGGUAAUGCCCUCCUCAUACAUACAGCCAAGGAAAUGUUCAGAGAAGACGGGUUCCGCAUUUUCUACCGAGGCUUGAUUGUCGGGGUCAGCGGGAUCUUCCCAUACGCCGCUUUGGACUUGGGUACCUUUACCACCAUAAAGAGAUGGUUGGUGAAAAGAGAGGCCAAGAAGCUUGGAAUGCGCGAAGAUGAGGUUAAAUUACCCAACUACAUGGUAUUGACCUUGGGUGCCUUGUCUGGUACGUUUGGUGCCACCGUCGUGUAUCCCGUGAACUUGUUGCGUACAAGACUCCAGGCGCAGGGAACGUACGCACACCCUUACCGGUAUACUGGGUUCAAUGACGUGUUGAAACAAACAAUAGUCCGUGAGGGGUACCCGGGUCUUUUCAAGGGGCUUGUUCCCAACAUCGCCAAGGUUGCACCUGCGGUAUCGAUCAGUUACUUCAUGUAUGAGAACUUGAAGUACAUAUUUGCAUUAGACGAGAAGUUGAAAUAAGAUGGACCAUGGAUGGGUUGAACCAAUGGUGGAGCGAGGAGCACGCGCUGGGUAUAACUAAUGGAUAGAAACUUAUAUUAUUAUAAAACUAUUUAGAAUCCAAAUAUAAGAUAUCCCUAU